UCGGGAAACGCAUUAUGCACUUUUAGAGACGAUCAAGAGGUUAUUGCUGCCUGGUGGUGAAUGUUGGCUAUUCGCUUCGAAACGUGCGGGGUCUUUGGGGGACUUCGUGGCACUUGCUCGGAGUAGCGCUGAAUUUGAAGCAGUUGAGGUGGCGGUUGACUGCCUUCCUACGAGCUCCGCUUUCAAGGAGCUCAGAGCGAUGAAUUGUUCCCCUGUGAUG